CUUUGGAGAUUCUACUCCGCAAAGUCUGCGAGCUCGGAACUCGACUUUGCGGCCGCCAGGGAAUGGUAUAGGAGUCUCAACACACAACAGCCUCUACGGCAUGUUGGAGAGGUGACUUACGCCCGGUCCAGCGGUCCUGGCGGCCAGAAUGUCAAUAAAGUUAAUUCGAAGGCUCAGCUUCGCGUCCCCGUUGAUCGUCUCUUCCCCGUAAUCCCUGUCGUUCUACAUCGAGGCAUCUUGUCCUCUCGAUAUUACGCGGAGAAGUCAUCGAGUUUGGUCAUUCAAGCAGAUGAAAGUCGAAAGGCCCAAGCCAACAAGGACACCUGCUUCAGAAGGCUCAACGAACUCAUAGUGGACGUGUACAAGAACACCGUCCCUGGGGAGACGACAAAUGAACAGAAGGAAAGGGUCAAAAUCCUUCAGAAGACAGAAAACGAGGCCAGAUUGAAAAGGAAGAAAUUCCAGUCAAGCAAAAAGCAGUUAAGAUCAAAGGGAGAUAUGGAUUGA